CCCUUCCUGCUUGACCUCCUCUUCUCUUUCCCUUCGCCUACGUUAUACUAUGCCGGCAGAUAGGAAACAGAGGAGGUCAACCACUACGAACGCUUCGUCUUACUCACAAACCUCAACGUCUCGCGAUAGCUACUCACCUCCAAUAAGUAUGUGUUGUAGCAAAGCCUUCUCAUCAAGGGAUCUGAUAGCAGAUUCUCAUCCUCGCUUUCUUUCUAGAAGAUACAGCAUUACCAACGUUAGCCUCUUCGGACUGUAACGAUCUAGACACUACAAAUAUAUGGAUACCAACGAUACCAUCGAUGGCAGCAGCAGCAGCUUAUGUUACAGUCUCUCCAGAAGAAUCAAGACCAAUAUCACAAUCUAUGAAGGAGCCCACCUCAGAAAAAAGAAUGGUACACAACGCGAUGGAACGUGUGCGUCGUGAAACACUCAACACCAAAUUUCAGGAGUUAGCUUAUGCUUUACCUACCCUCCGAACGGUCCGACGGCCCUCCAAAUCACAAAUUGUGCAGCGAGCACUAGAAUUUGUCAGAACAGCGUUCGUGCAAGAAAAAAUAUACCAAAAGCAAAUAACCAAUCUCAAGCGAGAAAAUGAAAUCCUCAUUGCACAAUUAGAUACCAUCCGAGACAAAUUAACCAAUCGAUACAAUACUGAAGCAUUUGGUAUUCCAGCCAAAAUAGGCGAUGCGGAUUUUGUGCUGGAUGAUGUGCAUGCCACACAACAUGCAGAAGAUGAAGACGAUCAAAGCACGGAGAGUUGGGAGUACGAGGCAUUUAGUUUCGGUGAGGGGCAAUUUUAUUUCUUGCUACCGAUCAAUGAUGAUAUGCCGCGCCCUGACCACUCUCUCCCCCCUGUAGCAAACAACUCGUGUCUCUACGCCUCCAACUUCAUGGGUUUGCCUGAGAAUCAGUCAAUACCUCAGCCUUCAACAUCAUAUGAUACUUCAGGCCCUAUGGCGUUUGAUAUACAAGGAUUUAAUGCACUGCAAAUAAAUGCCAGCAAAGCAUAACACCCGUUG